AUGGACCACAUGUCUCCCAGGUUGAGAACCUUCCUCUCUGAACCCAUCGGAGAGAAGGAUGUCAGCUGGGUGGACGGGAUCAGCCGUGAGCUUGCCAUCAAUCUGGUCACCAAAGGUUUCAACAAGGCCUACAUCCUGUUGGGACAGUUCCUUCUGAUGCAUAAGAAUGAAGCCGAGUUCCAGAGGUGGAUCAUCUGCUGCUGUGGUGCCACGGAGUGGGAGGCCCAGCAGAGCUCCAACUGCCUCAAGGAGUGGUGCGCCUGCUUCCUGUAGA